UAACACUUCAGCGGUCCCAAACACACACCCACAGUUUUUCCUCGCUUUCGCCGCUGAACACGUUUCCCUGAUUGUCGUUUUAAGGUCUGCCCAGUCAUAUUUUAGUGUCUCUGUAUGGCAGGAUUGGUGCGUUACAGUAUUUAUGGAGUCUUCUUUUAGUCUUUGUAUGGCGAAAGUUUUCGCGUGAGAUAGUUAGCUUGUUAUACUACGUGGCUAGCAUUGUUUGCUUGUGUGAAGAAUGAAGACCGCUAACGGUAACACAAGUGUCAUGGACAUGUUUGAAAAGGGAAAAGUCCUGAAAAUUUGUGCCCCGAUGGUUCGAUACUCAAAGCUUGCUUUCAGGUCCUUGGUUAGGAAGUACCACUGCGAUAUCUGCUUCACCCCAAUGAUAGUUGCUGCUGACUUCUUGCGAUCAAUCAAAGCUAGAGACAGUGAAUUCACCACUAAUGAACGUGACCGGCCGCUGAUAGUGCAGUUUGCUGCCCAUGAUGCUCAGACUCUGGCUGAUGCGGCCUGUGCCGUGGCACCUUUCUCAGAUGGCGUUGACCUCAACUGCGGCUGCCCCCAGAGAUGGGCUAUGUCAGCUGGGUAUGGUGCAUGCCUUAUUAACAAGCCUGAACUUGUGAAAGAAAUGGUGAGACAAGUCAGAAGUCAAGUGGACAAUCCAAACUACACAGCAUCAAUCAAAAUAAGAAUUCACAAGGACCUAAGGCAGACAGUGGAUCUAUGUCAGAAGGCUGAAUCAGCCGGCGUAUCGUGGAUAACAGUCCAUGGCCGUACAACAGAAGAACGCCACCAACCAGUUCAUUAUGAUGCCAUAAAGACGGUUAAAGACAGUGUAUCCAUCCCUGUCAUUGCCAAUGGAGACAUAAAGUACCUCCGUGAUGUGGAUUCUACUCACCAGCUUACUGGUGUUGAUGGUAUGUUUGUUUUCAGCAAAACAAAGAUGACGUUACAGUGGACUGCUGUGGCCCUGUUUCUCUACGUGGAAAUUGGCAUCAUUGUCAUCCUCUGUUUACCCUUCAUCUCUGCCAGGAGAUGGCAGAGUAUUUUCCAGCUGAGGAUCUGGAGCUGGAUGUCGAGAUUCUGGAACAAAGUGUUUCUCACCAUGAUCAUAAUACUUGUCGUUCUCUUCCUCGAUGCUGUCCGUGAAGUGAGAAAAUAUUCAUCUAAAGAACACGCCACAGAUGCCAAGCUGCAACCAAAUAUGUUCGACCACUUGCACAUGAAGCUUUUUAGAGCCCAGAGGAACCUCUACAUCUCUGGUUUUGCUGUCUUCCUGUGGCUCGUUAUGAAGCGACUGAUCACGCUGAUUAACCAGCUGGCGUCGGUGUCUGGGACUACAGCUGCUCUUCAAGCGCAGGCUGAGAAUGCUAACCAGGCUGCUGAGAAAUACAUGAAGGACAAUGAACUACUGAAGCAGACUCUGAUGCAAGGGCAGGGUGAGAAGGCUACUGCUCAGGGCAUGGACCUGUUACGGAAAGAAGUGGAGAAACUGAAAGAAGAAGUGAAGACUUCUGAAAAAGCUCUGAAUGAGUCCCAGUCAGAGGCAGAUGUAAUGAAGAAGCAGAUGGAGGGUCUCGCCAGGGAGUAUGACAGACUGUUGAAAGAACAUCAGGAGCUCCAGAAUCUGCAAGACAGUGGAAAUAAGAAAGAAGACUAGUAAAUG